UCGUUCAUAUCAUAAAUCGAUUUUCACAGAGAUUUCUUCUUCUUCGUCUUCGCCUUCGUCUUUGUCUUCUUCUUUUUUCGUACAGCUCUUCAUUACCUUUUCAAUGUCUUAUGAUGAGAUGCUUGCUGCUGCGAAGAAAGCUGUCUCUCUCGCUGCUCGUCUCAGCAACGAUGUGAGGAAAUCUCUGUUGGUAUCUGACGUCUGGACAAAAUCAGAUGACAGUCCUGUUACAGUGGCUGAUUAUGGCUCGCAGGCGGUGGUCAGCCUUGUACUCGAAAGGGAACUCCAGAAUGAACCUGUGUCAUUAGUGGCUGAAGAGGAUUCUGCUGAGCUAAGGAAAGUUGCUGCUGAUACUGUUUUGGCACGUAUUACAGAGCUUGUGAAAGAUACUCUUGCUAGUGAUGAAUCAUAUGCUGCUUCUCCUUUGUCUUCGGAUGAUGUGCUCAACGCCAUUGACAGUGGCAAAUCACAAGGAGGUCCCAAGGGUCGCCAUUGGAUAUUGGAUCCUAUAGGUGGCACCAGAGGAUUUAUAAGAGGAGAACAAUAUGCGAUAGGAUUAGCAUUGCUGGUGGAUGGCAAAGUAGUGCUUGGUGUGAUGGCUUGUCCUAAGCUUCCUUUGGCCUCCACUGCUGGUAGUAACACACACAAGUCUUCACCUGAAAAAAUGGGCUGCCUUUUCUAUGGCGCGGUUGGCACUGGGACUUAUGUCCAGUCACUCAAUGUUGUCGACUCUCCUCCCGUGAAGGUGGAGGUAAGCAGCAUUGACGAUCCCGCGAAAGCGAGUUUCUUUGAGUCAUACCACACACCUGUCCCUAUCCAUAACACCAUUGCCAAGAAACUGGGGAUAAUGGAAUCUCCAAUCAAGAUCAACAGUCAGACAAAGUAUGCAGCUUUAUCUAGAGGAGAUGGAGAGGUGUACUUGAGGUUUACCCGCAAAGCAAGACCCGAAUCAAUUUGGAAUCACGCCGCUGGAUCAAUCCUAGUCUCAGAAGCGGGAGGAAAAGUGACAGAUGCAGCAGGGAAUCCAUUGGACUUUUCGAAAGGGAAGUAUCUUGAUUACAAGAGAGGGAUUGUCGUUACGACGCAGAAACUAUUGCCAAGACUUUUGAAAGCGGUAAGAGAAUCAAUUACAGAAGAAGAAGAGGAAGAAGAAAAAGCAGCAAGAGAAUCACUUAUAGAAGAAGACGAGGAAGAAGAAAAAGCAGCUUCUCUGAAACUUCACUAACACGCAACUGAAAUAUACUUGUUAUUGUUGUCCUUGGGAAUACUCUCUCCGUCUGUGUUUCUCACACAGAAUAUUAUUUAAAACCUAAAAAAAAAAACUCAACUUUGAUCUAUCUA